UAAGAAACCUGUAGAGAAAAUGUACCUGCCUUAUUCUCUUCCUCCUCCUCAAGAAGCACAAUACUUCCUCCUCUUGCUCGCCCACCCCACAUCCUUUCUUUACUCAAGCUCCCAGCUUGCUCCCGUUACCUUUUCAUUCAUGCAGAGGAGGCGGCGCUCAGCCAGGCGCAGCUUCUACACAUUCAUGUCAAGAGCAGGUAGAGAGGAGGUCGAGAGCGAGGAGCUGUUUUGGCAGGAGGAGGAGAGAAUCGGUGACAGUGAGACAAGAUCCCUCAGACCGCGUCUCCUACCACCACUGGGUUGUGUUACUGUGAGUGUGUGUGCCCGGUAGUGAGGUGUUGUUCAGCAUGGCUGGCAGCCCAUUUGGAAGGCUCUCUCUGGGGGACGGCGACUCAGCCAACUCCUUGGAGGGAAAGGAUAUGAAGCUGGAUGCAGAAGCCAUGCACCAGGCUCUGGACACACUGAGUGACAGCACGAGCUCCACCACAGCCAACGACCUGGAUCUCCUCUUCCUCAAAGGCAUCAUGGAGAGCCCAGUGGCCCAUGAGAGGUUUGAGGAGCCCAAGCUGGAGGCCGUGAGUGAGAACAACGUGGAGCUGGUCCAGGACAUACUGAAGGACCUCAGUCCUCUAACACACAGAAGUCAGGCGGCCGAUGAGCUCAUCCGGAUCCUGAAGGAACCUCACUUCCAGUCGCUUCUGGAAACCCACGAUUCUGUAGCUUCCAAAAACUACGAGACUCCUCCCCCAAGCCCCUGCUCCUUCAUGGAUGCAGCCCUCAACAAUCAGCCUGUUCCCCCAGAUGCAGUCAGGAUGGUCGGCAUUCGCAAGGUGUCUGGAGAGCACCUGGGGGUGACAUUCCGAGUGGAGAGUGGCGAGCUGGUGAUCGCCAGGAUCCUCCACGGAGGCAUGAUCGACCAACAAGGUCUCCUUCACGUGGGCGACAUCAUCAAGGAGGUGAACGGGAAAGAGGUGGGCAAUGACCCCAAAGUGCUCCAGGAGAUGCUGAAGGAGGCGAGCGGCAGCGUGGUGCUGAAGAUCUUACCCAGCUACCAGGAGCCGCAUACACCCAGACAGGCCUUUGUGAAGUGUCACUUUGACUACGACCCGACUCAUGAUAACCUAAUUCCCUGCAAGGAGGCGGGCCUCAGCUUCAGUAGUGGAGACAUUUUGCAGAUCUUUAACCAGGAAGACCUGAACUGGUGGCAGGCAUGUCACAUAGAAGGGGGCAGUGCAGGCCUGAUUCCAAGCCAACUUCUUGAGGAGAAGAGGAAAGCAUUUGUGAAGAGAGACAUGGAGCUCGCUACAACAGGUCCUCUGUGUGCAGGGAUUGGUGGGAAGAAGAAGAAGAAGAUGAUGUAUUUGACCACCAAGAAUGCAGAGUUUGAUCGGCACGAGCUGCGAAUCUAUGAGGAGGUCGCCAAAGUCCCGCCUUUCAGGAGGAAGACACUGGUUCUGAUUGGAGCACAGGGAGUUGGUCGGCGUAGUCUGAAAAACAAGCUGCUGCUGUCUGAUCCUCAUCGCUACGGCACCACCAUCCCCUUCACUUCCAGAAAGCCAAAGGUGGACGAGCGAGACGGUCAGACGUACUCCUUUAUGUCUCGGAAUGAAAUGGAGUGUGACAUCAGGAACGGUCGUUUCUUGGAGCACGGCGAGUAUGACGGGAACCUGUACGGGACGAAGAUCAACUCCAUACACGAGGUGAUCGAGACAGGAAAGAUCUGCAUCCUGGACGUGAACCCACAGGCCCUUAAAGUCCUGCGGACGUCUGAAUUCCUGCCCUAUGUUGUGUUCAUCGAAGCGCCAGAUUUUGAAGUCCUCAAAGCGAUGAAUAGGUCAGCGAUUGAGUUGGGAGUGGUCACAAAACAGUUGACGGACUCUGAGCUGAAGAGGACGGUGGACGAGAGCGAGCGCAUCAAGAGAGCCUACGGACAUUACUUUGAUCUUUUCAUUGUGAACGACGGUCUUGAAGCGGCUUUCCGAAGUCUACGCUUGGCACUGGAAAAACUGUCAACGGAGCAUCAGUGGGUCCCUGUCAGCUGGGUGUUCUGAACAUCUGGAUCAGAGCCGGAGGACAUUUUAUGAUCUGUGGCUCCAGAGGGAGAGAGCGGGGGUGGGGGAGCUGAGCGUCAUAAUUCAGUGCAAACGACCAGCCUCAUGUAGAGCAAUUUUGUACAAACUUAGCAUUCCCUGUUGGCCCAACUGUAAUUUCUUUGGAAUUCUUUUAUUGAUGUUUGUUCAGAAGGAUUUAGAGGUGAUUAUGGGCUGCAGUUCAGUAGUGCAAGCGUGUGUGUGUGUGUGUGUGUGCGAGCGUGUGCGUGUGUGUCGUCGUAACAAGUAACAGUGAAGGUUUUUGUAGAAGGACAGUUUUAGCCUUUCUAAAUCUUAUUUAUGUAGUGUAAUGUUUACAUCCAUCAGUAGGAAAACUUGAGGAAAGAUACCAAAUGUCAACAUUUUACCAUUUCACAAGUUCAGAAAUGUGCUUAAUCUCCAAUGUCUACUUUGAUUUGAACAUGAAAUAGCAAUAGACGAUUAAUUAAUAUACAUGCAAUACCACACACUCCAAUGUACACACAAACACAAAGGGGAGGACAGAUGCUCCAGCUGAGAGGUUUUCUGUUCAUCAUGGGUUUAUUUCUCUGUCCUGUACCAGAAAAGCUUUGAUUCAUUUGAGAAUCCAGCCAAAGGAUCACUGUGUUUCACUACUGCCUGCUUGAUUCUGUUGGAGUUUUAUUUGUAGCACUGUUGACAUUUAAACCCUAAAAAAUAAGACAUAUCCCAAGUAGCCUAGACUAGUGUAUGCAUCGUAUAUUGAAGGGUAACAUAUAACCUUAGCAUUACUUAUUGGACAAUUAGUGGAAGUUUUGAUUUGUUUUUUGGAUGUACAAACAUUAAAACAAGUGGCUUCAAAUUCAUGGUUAAUUUUGCCUUAAAUAGUUAUAAAGCCAAGGAAAUGAUUUAAGUUUUUUUCUGUUAUGAAACAUUUAUUUUCUAUUGAUUAGAAAAAGAGUAAAGACAAAACGUUUUGGCCACAUCUUGAGUAUUUAUUUCAUCUUUUUGUUAAACUUGUAAAGUACUGUAUUGUAAUAAAGAGUGUAUAAUAUAACAUAAAGGUGAUUCUGCUGGUGUGUA